CAGCAAUACGGGGGCAGGUCAUGAACUGCCUUGGGAUGGAGUCGGGUCUUAGUGGGUAUGGCGACAUCGAGAGAGUCGCAGAGUCCCACAUAACUCUUGGCCAGUAAUGGCCAAGAGUAUGCGUAACGCAUUCUUCCCGGUCCUGGCACCAGCCGCUUCGCGCGCGCUCGUUCUGUUCUGUCGUUCCUGUCUGUGCUGUGGAUGUGCGGGGUUACUGUUUUCUGUAAUGGUAACUGACAGAAGAGAAGGGCGCGCGCGGGGCGGUCCGUAUUGUAAAACCCCAAAGAAAAAAAAAAUAAACGUAGACUUCUCGUUUGUAGUAGAACAGUAG